AUGGAUCCGGCAACAAACCCAGCAGUGCAUGUCCGCCCAACAACCGAUGGACAGGCACUUGAAGAGCCAGAGGAAGUGUGGGAUGGAUUGGUGCGAACGGUAUCUCGACUGACUGGCCGAUCCAGGCGAGAGAGCCACGGGGAGAAAUACGCACAGGCAGGGGAUGAUGACGGGAUCACACCUCACCAGCGGACAAGACCAGAGCGAGAGAAACGCGGUGAGACGAUAGAUGAGGAAGUUGCGAGCCAAAUCGAUCGAGAUACCUUUCCAGAAGGUGGCGUGCGCGCAUGGCUCGUCGUACUAGCAGCGUGGCUCCUUCUCUUUCCGUCUUUCGGCUUCAUGGUCUCCAUAGGUACACUGCAAGACUACUGGGGCCAGCAUCAGCUCGCAGAUAUGACAGCCAGUACGAUCGGAUGGAUACCGUCGGUAUUUGUGUACCUUUCGCUUGCUCUAGGGCUGUUCGUUGGCCCGCUGUUCGACCGUUACGGACCUCGCUGGAUUGCGCUAUGCGGCAGUAUUGGUGAGCUGAUCAUGAUCUUCUUGCUCGCCGAGUGUAAGACGUUCUGGCAGAUGAUGCUAUGCUGCGGGAUUCUUGGGGGCAUUGCAGGCGCGCUGUUGACUACCACCAGCUUGGCGGCUGUGGCGCACUGGUUCAAGGAAAGGCGAGGACUGACCCAAGGUAUCGCCAUGAUGGGCUCGAGCUGUGGUGGUCUCGUCAUUCCGCUCGUGCUCAAGACUACACUACCCAUGUACGGUUAUGCCUGGUCGCUUCGCAUACUUGGCUUUAUGUUCUUAUUUUGCUUCAUCGUUGGCAACAUCCUCAUCAAAGCACGCCUUCCACCUUCGGCAGAGGCGAGGAAGAAGGCCAUCGUAUCGCUGUCUAUCUACUCCGACCUACGCUUGAGCCUGUUUACUGUCAGUGUCUUUGGUUUCGAGGUGGUCCUCUUCGGUGCUCUGGGUAUCCUACCGACCUACGCAACCUUAUCCACGAAGUUCUCUGCAGAUACUGGGUUCUACCUCAUUGCUAUCCUCAACGGCGUUUCUUGCCUCGGUCGCAUCCUUCCAGGCUACGCCGCUGACAAGAUCGGCCGCUUCAACACUCUUGCUAUCAUGAUCCUCUUCACUCUGAUCUUCAUGCUCGUUCUCUGGCUCCCAUUUGGGUCAACUUCCCUUCCCGCUCUCUACGCCUUCUCCGCCCUUUUCGGAUUUGGAACAGGUAGCUGGAUGGCACUGACGCCGGCGUGUAUCGGGCAGCUCUGCAGAGCCGAGGAGUUUGGAAGGUAUUACGGUUCGAUUUACUUCCUAGCGAGCCUGGCUACGCUGGUCUGUAUUCCGAUCAGUGGCGAGCUAGUCGAGAGGGUUGGACCGCAGGCUAUGGUGGGCUUCUUCUGCGCAAUUCUUGCGCUGAGCAUGGUCUCGUUCUUGUUCAGUCGAUGGGCGUGCUUGGGAAGGCAGUGGACUGUCAAGGUCAAGGUAUAG